AUGGCGCGCGCGCUGGGGCUGGCGCUGCUGCUGCUGCCGCCGCUGUGCGCGCUGGCCGCCCGCGACGAGGUGAGCAUCGAGGUGCUGCACGUCCCCGAGCCGUGCGGCCCCCGCAGCAAGAAGGGCGACCUGCUCAACGCGCACUACGACGGCUACCUGGCCAGCGACGGCUCCCGCUUCUACUGCAGUCGGACACAAAAUGAAGGUCACCCGAAGUGGUUCGUUCUGGGCGUUGGACAAGUCAUAAAAGGGUUGGAUAUUGCCAUGAUGAAUAUGUGCCCGGGAGAAAAACGGAAGGUGACCAUUCCUCCAUCGUUAGCAUACGGACAGCAAGGCUACGCACAGGGUAAGAUUCCACCCAAUGCAACACUGAUUUUUGAGAUUGAACUUUAUGCGGUAAAUAAGGGACCACGCAGUGUUGAAGCAUUUAAUCAAAUAGACAAGGACAAGGACAAGAAACUCUCUCAACUCGAGAUAAGUGAGUAUUUGAAGGAAGAAUUUGCAAGAGAUGGCAAAAAGCGUCAUCCGUCAGCCCACGAUGAAAUCUUAACUGAUAUAUUCAAGAAGAAUGACCAUGAUGGAGAUGGUUUCAUAUCAGCAAAAGAGUACAAUGUCUAUCAGCAUGAUGAACUCUAAGUACAUAAAAAUCUGUUUUUUGGACAUUCAAUUUAAAAAAUUUGCAAAAUAAUUCUUUGUCACAGAUUUUUUUACAUUUUUAUAGCAUCUUUUUAUAUCUCUUAAGGUGACUAUAAAUAUCUUGUUUUUAACACUUUAUAGUCAACUAUUUGAUAGAUUUGAUAGAACAAAAUAAAAUUGGAAAACAGCAUGAUCUAUUACUGUUUUUUUAAUCACAUCCUAAUCUGCAGUAUUGCUCAGUGGUCKUCCUCAUAAUACAAAUCAUGAUCAGAAUCGUUAAUUUCUGUCCUAACAAGCACAAGAAAAAUUGUUCCACUACCUGUUGACAUAAUUAGAGGUAAUCAUCAAUUCUAAGUUCCCUGUAGAACAAAUCAGAAAAACAGAAUCUCAGGAAGGAAAGUUUAUUAAGACUCUGGAGGGUUUCUGCUGGCUUUUAGGUCAGGAUCUGUAGGAAUUAGUAUUUACUACUGGCAGAGUCAGGCGGCAAAUUUAACUGUUAGAAAAAAUAGA